AUGAAUUUAGAUAAUAGUAGUAAUAAUAAUAAUAAUAAAGAUGGAGUUUGCAGUUUUUCCUCCUCUUCAUCAAAUAAUCAAUCAACCAUAAAUGAAGAUUUAAGUAAAAAAAAAUGUGUUCCAUGCGAAGGUGAUAUACCACCAUUGGAUGAAAAAUCAAAGAAAACUUAUUUAGAAAAAGUUCAUAAAGGUAACUAUUAA